AUGUCCCCGGUGUCUGGCAGCAGUCAUGUCGCUACGUUCGACCAAUCUUUCUGGGUUCGCGAUGUUGCCAGUACUCUCCAGCCUUCGCCCACGCAACGAACAACGCUCAUUGUGGCUGGCGUUUAUAUCAUUGUUAUAGCAAUCCUUUGGCACGUCCCCAUUCUCAACAAAAUCAGUGAGCAUCGUGUGAUUAGCUGUUGGCUUAUCUUACUUGCGCAGUAUACCCCUUCAAGUGAGAUCAUCGCUGGUCCUCUCAGUCAAGAAGCAUCUCAUACCUCUAUUUCAAGAUUGUUGACUGUUGGAUUUCAUGAGAUGAGCCACGCUAUAAUGGGACUGCUAACUUGCGCAAAAAUCCAUUCGAUUGAAUUGGAUCCGGACGAGGGCGGCGCCACGUCUAUGUCCGGCGGCAUACCGUGGUUGACCCUCCCUGCAGGUUACCUUGGCUCCUCAUUCAUCGGGGCGUGUUUAAUCGCUUGUGGUUUCGAUACCAAUGCCAGUAAAGUGGCAGUGAUCGUCAUUGGCGUGUUCUUCCUCUUCACGCUAUGGUGGGCUAGGCGAAACUGGCUAACUUGGGUCUUAAUCCUUUCAAUGGCUGGAUUGAUCAUUCUUUUCUGGUUUGUGGCAGAGAGUGUUGCACUCAGGUUCCUUGUCUUGUUCAUUGGCGUGAUGAGCUGCUUAUAUUGCAUCUGGGACAUUAUAGAUGAUACCAUUGCCCGCAAAGUCAACUCCUCUGACGCUUCAGCGUUUGCAAAGAUUUGUGGAUGCUGCCCCUCCCAAGUUUGGGGCGUUAUAUGGCUAAUCCAGGCGUUCAUAUUUUUUAUUGCUGGGAUUUUAGUCGGCCUUGCUGCUUUCAAGCAAUCUACAGCUCAACAGAAAGAAGACUCUAGUCACUUUCUUCCUGCGCCAGGAUCGACUUCUGCAGCAUUUGAACUGUCGCCUGAUGUUUUCUUAAUGACACUCUUCGCGCUUUUAAUAAGCGCAUUGGGACUUUGA